AUGGACAAGAUUACAGAUAGCAGAAAUUCACCGGACCUUGAUUUAACGGAGUACAAGCCUUGUGUUCACCUAUGUGGCAUGUGUCCUUCUUGUGCCUUUGCCAAAACUCCGCCGAUUUCUACGGAUCAUUUAUGGACCGUUGGGGACUCGUUUCAUAGGAGGUUCAUUAUGGAUUUGCUUUGCAGAUGUAGAAGCCUUCAAGUGCUGGAGAAAAUGCAUCGUGUGUUAGCCCAUACAUCGUGGUCAUUUUUUUCUUACGGUAUAUCAGAGAAACUAGCCUCCUCCACCACUAGCAUCAGCACGAAACCUCAAGAAAAACCGCUUGGAUUCAAUGGGCACGAGAUAAGAGAGUGGUUUGACAGCCGCCCAGACUGGAUCAAAUCUCACUAUCUUUGUCGUCUUCUUUUGCGCUGUGACAGUGGAUUAUUACGGGCUCUUGCUAACUUAACAGACGUGUUACUCAUCAGACAAAAGCGUGGACAAGUGACAUUUGAAGGUUGCAACACUAAUAGUGAAUCAGGUGAAUCAGAUGAGCCUGCUCUUAUGGUAGUGCCUGGUUCCUCCAAGUCCUACAGUGGGAUCAGCCGAUACAAAGAUUUUAUAUCCAGUUUACCUGUUAAUCUGUCGAAAAGAAUCUUAGGUUUACUGGAUCAGUCUUGUUUAAAAAUUUGCAUUAAAGUGUCAAGCCGGUGGCAGUCGCUUGCAAAAGAAACUCUCAGUGAGAUUGAGUUUAGAAAGAGCAUUAAUGAAACAUGGGACAUGGUGAAGAGCAAGGACAAUAACUUUGUGAGUCCAAUUUAUGCCAAUGUUGUCCAAGUCCAAGUGCCUGGCCAUCUGAAAAUAAAACUGGUACAAAUGGAAGAGCGUAAUAUUUACUGCAGUGGAUUCGUCACUACCGAGAUCAUUGAUAAACAUGACCCUCACCGUGUCAUAGACUACAGGGGAAGCACAAUGAUGGCGGUGGGCUCCAAGGACGGCACGGUGCAGAUCCUUUAUGUGUCUGUGGAGGCUAAAGUCGUCUCUGUGCUCAAGGGAAACGUGGUUCAGGUCAGGGCUGUGCGGCUGUGCGAGGACAAGGACCUGGUCAUCACUGGAAGUUCUGAUGGAAUAAUCAGAUGUUGGAAUCUCAAAAGCAAAACGUGUGUAAUGACUCUGUCUGGCCACAUGGGGGCAGUGAACAGUCUGGAUGUGUGGGGGGAUAGACUCGUCUCAGGGGCCAAGGACAACACUGUGAAAGUUUGGGAUCUGCAGAAAGGGAAAGUUUGUGAGGAGUUCAACUUUAAGCACCCCAGCUCUGUCCAGUGUGUGAAGAUCCAUCAAACCAGGGUCUACAGCAGCUGCGACAAAGGAAAGGUCAAAAUAUGGGACUUGGAGAAGGCAGCAGUGCUCAAGGCGAUUGACGGCCACCAAAGCUCUGUGCGCUGUCUUUUCUUCGAUGAAUGGCAUCUUCUGACCGGAGACGUUGAAGGAGCGGUCAUGGCCUGGAGCACUCACUGUGAAGCCAAAGACUGUAUCAAAACAUUCACCCAUCCAAAAGAGGUCAGAUCCGUUACUCUCACGUACCUGCGUGUGGUCACUGGCUGUGCGGAUGGAAAGAUUAGAAUAUUUAACUUUCUGACUGGAGCCUGUCUCAGGGUGAUUGUCGCUGGGGCCAAGUCCAACCUCAUCCUGUCCAUUUAUUUUCACGAGCACAGCUUUGUCGUGAACAGUACUGCACAUGUUAAGCGCUACUAUUUCGGAGAGGUCUUCUGGGAUUAUGCAGACGCGGCAGACGAGGAUAAAAAGCACAUCCAGAAUGAAAAAGUUUUGAUUUCGGAUACACCUGAGCCACGUGCCUCUGCCCCUGUGAAUAAAGUGUCUUCACCUGAUGGGAAAACUCACAACAGAAGAAAGUCUCUGCCAAACCUGACCAGCUCCUCAGCCAAAUGGUCAACUCAAGAACAAAUUGCUUCAGUCAAAAUGUCUCAGAGUGAGAAUGCGGCAUCUGUUCGAAUCCAGAAGAGAGGUCCCCACCACCCCCCAACCAGAGACUACAUUCUUCUUAAGGUAAACGCAACGCAAAAGGCUGAACUUAUGGACGAAGUGGGGCUUAAUAUGGAGCACAACGCUAAGCUAAGAGACGACUGGAACUCCGCCAUACUCUCAAAUGACUCACCAACCAAAACAACCAGCACACCCAUCUCCAAAACUGGCACUUUGCGUUCAAAAUAUGGACCACAAAGGGACGUGUCGACUGCCCCAGGAUGUAUCAUCAGACCCCACCCCCCUUUAGCGGAGAAAUCACAAUCCCAAAGUGUAAAGGCUCAAAGAUUGGUCAACACAAGUGCGAAAAAUAUCGAGAGCAAGGAGCAGCCCAAAAAUCUGAAGGCAAAAUGGGUUUCGGAUUUGGAAAGUUUUUUGAAAUCCUCCAAAGAUGUAAAAAGUGUAGACGCUUUCAACGAUCAGGAGUUUAAACUACUGACGUUGACACAGUUAGAAGAACACACCAAAAGUCAAAAGGAUCUCAAAGCUAAGAAGUAA